AAAGGGCAGCAGUCUCCUCAGAUUGCGUAGAUUGUAAAAGUUGCAUGCUUUUUGUUUUCAAUUACAAAUACAAAUUAGUUGAUAUCUGUCAUCAGUAUUAUGUAUUAAAGUUUAAAUGCCAAGGUAGUAAGUUCUUAAAUAGUUACCACCGCUCUUGCAAGGGACUUUUCUUAUCUGCAAAGUAAGAUUCAACUACACCAUGCAGAAAAGUUUUCAGAGUAUCUUGGUUUCUGGAUUAUUUCGUCAAACUACUUGCAUUUGGAUAAGACAACGGCAGCCGGUUCUUUCUUCACAAGCAUUCACAGUUUCAGGAUCGGCUUCAGUUCAUUCUCAACAUGGGAAUAAAAAUCGUGUUUCUGCAGAAAGCGAGGGUCGUCAACCAAGUGACCCAGAUUCGGAUGGAUUGUCAUCUAACUCCCCAAUCGAGCUAUCUGAUAGCAUGUCUCAGAGGUUGAAGGAAUACAAAGAAUAUCAGCGAAAUAUUAAAGGAAAUUCGGACGUUUCGUGGGUGGACAAAAUUGUCUAUAGUUCAUAUCUCCAACAGCACCAGCCUAAAAGAACAUAUAGGCUCAGAUUACGCGAAAAUGCUCUCAAACAGACCAUGAUGGCUGUAGAAUGCGUUGGAAAAAAUUUGAGCAGUGCACCCCUUUCUUGGAAGUAUUUAGAGCCCAGCAACGAGGUCAAUAACGAAGAGUUUCGCAAUGAAGAGUUUUCUAAUGACAAGAAGGAAGAGGAACACUCUUCUCCGAUCUUUCCUUUUCAAGCUGUUACCAAAUUGGAAUAUAUUGAGGACAACACAAAUAUAUCCAAGGAGAACUUAAUUUCAAGGAAUUUUGAGAGUGAAGCAACAAGAUUAUCAAAGGCUGGAGUCAACUUAGGAGGCAUAUUGAACAACGAUGACAUUGAUAAUGAACUCAAUCAAGAUAGAAUGAUGUCCAUACAGCAAGAACAUGGAAACCCCGAUCCUUCUAUCCCACCUAGUAAAAUACCUUGUGGAGGAUGCGGUGCACGUUUGCAUUGUCAGGAUUCCGCAAUUCCUGGUUACAUCCCAAGUGAGAGGUUCAAAAUGCUGAAAGAACAUCUGCGAGGGGAAUUAUGCUUGAGAUGCUAUUGUCUCAAAAACUACAAUACUGCGCUGAAUGUCAAUGUUGGCCCUGGAGAUUAUGCAAGAGUUUUAAGAGAGAUUGACAAUCAUUUUGCAAUGGUUUUACUUGUUGUAGAUUUGACUGAUUUUCCAUGUAGUAUAUGGCCUGGACUAAUUGACAUUAUUGGUACAAAACGACCAGUGUUUCUGGUUGGAAACAAAGUUGACUUGAUUCCAAGCGACUCUAGAAAAUAUUUGCAAAGGAUUGAAGAUGGACUUAUAAAAGCUGCAAAAGAAACUGGAUUAGCCCCAGCCAAAGUUGUCCACACUUCGGUUAUCAGUGCAACAACUGGGUUUGGAGUUGAAGAGUUAAUAACUAAAAUUAAUUCGCUCUGGGGUCCGAAAGGGGAUGUAUUUAUCAUGGGUUGCACUAAUGUUGGGAAGUCAUCUCUAUUCAAUGCAUUAAUUCAGUCAGAUUUUUGUAAACCGGAUGUUGCGGAUAUAGUACAGAAAGCAACCAUAUCUCAAUGGCCUGGAACAACCCUUAAUCUUUUAAAAUUCCCAAUUAUGAGGACUGACCCAUGGAAGAAUAGUAUUAGAAAAACACGUUUGGGUCAAGCCGCAAUAGAAAACUUGUCUGAACAAUCAGAAAAACUAAGAAUGCUUCGUGCUACAAAAGAUCCUCAAUUUGGAGUGUUAACUGGCACAAUUGGACGGAGCAUGCUUAGUCCACAAACAGUGUAUGACAUAAAGAAAGCAAAACCCGUGGACGAUCCAUUUAGACAUUCGAGAUAUCCACCAAAAGAUAUAAUGCCAAAAACCGGUGAAUGGGACCCAGAGGAACCUACACUGCAAGGAAAAUGGUGUUACGACACACCUGGAGUUGUCAAUGAAAAUCAAAUUUUGGAUAUUUUCACUUUGCCUGAACUGAUGCAGACCCUUCCUAAAAAAUUAAUCCAGCCGAGGACGUACUUCAUCCAAGUUGGAAUGUCACUAUUUGUAGGAGGUUUUGCAAGAAUUGACUAUAUCGAUGGCCUUAAACCAAUCCGUUACACAGUUUACUGUUCAGAGAACAUUCCCAUAACAAUUGUGCAAACUUCAGAUGCUAGUAAUUUCUACAAAAAGGCACUCGGAACACGUGUUCUUUGUGUCCCUGAAGGAAAUUCGGAACGUUUAUCAAAGUUUCCUUCACUAAGGCCUACCGACUUUAGUCUUGUGGGAGAAGGUCAUCGUUUCAGUUGUGGAGAUAUAGUACUUUCAUCAGCAGGAUGGGUAGCUGUAACUGCUGGCCAAGAAAAAUCGAUCCAAAUAAGGGUUCAUACCCCUGGAGGAAGAGGUAUAUACUUAAGGCAACCUUCAAUCCUCCCGUACGCAGUGUGUAGGAAAGGACACAGAAUUAGAGGCACACUAGCCUAUCUUCCGCACAAAGUUUAUAUGCCAAGCAAGAGUACCAAGUACUAGUCGUUUUUGUAAUCUUAUUUUUCGUUUACAUAUACCUCGUAAAUCAUACCCAUAAAGAAAUGUACUUUUUAUUAUUAUUCACAAAUAUACAAUCUAUUCAAGUGAGUAAAGAAAUCAAGCGCAUUUAUU